AUCGGCAGUGAAGGCACUGUGCUUAGUGGGGCGCACCACGGAGGCAGAGGAUCUUCUAGCGGACAUGGCGCACAGGGGCGUGCUGCCCGACGCCACGCCCUUCAACGCCCUGAUUGACGCGUACGGGGGAGCGGGGCAGCUGCAGCUGAUGCGAGACAAGUUCUUUGAGCUCACCAGCGUGGGGUUGAGGCCCGAUGUGCGCACAUUCAAUGGACUCAUCCGAGGUUUCGGCAGUGCGGGGCAGCUGCAGCUGAUGCGAGACAAGUUCUUUGGGCCCACCAGGGUGGGACUGAGGCCAGACGUGCGCACGUUCAAUGGCCUCUUUAGGGGUCGGCAGGCGGUGUUUGAGAACAUGCGGAUGGGGUACCGCACAGCACCCAACGUGCACACCUGUGCUGCUACCUGUGUGCUUCACUGUUCCUCUCUUCCUUGUUGUGCGUCUCGUCCCGUUCCCCUCUCCCUCUCACCCACUCACAGAGCGGGUCUACUAUCAGAGAUGGAAGCAGUGUUUGAGAACAUGCAGAUGGGUUACCGCACAGCACCCAACGUGCACACCUUCCAUGCCCUCAUGGACGCCUAUGGCGCCCACGCCCUCACCUCCCUGCACCGCCAAGACAGCAAGGGAACUGAGUGGUUUGAGUCGCAGCAUGAAGCCGCUCAGAGACAACCGCAGCAGGAGCGGGAGCAGGAGGAGGAGGAGCAGACGGGGAGACGGGAGGGGAGGCAGCAGGAGGCCAGGCAGCGACGCGGAGGGGAGCGGGAGGGGAGGUUUGGGAGGUCUGAGAGGAGGGGAGGGGAUGCUGAUGCUGAUGCAGCGGAGGGGCAGCAGGGGGGGAGGCAGCGGAGUGCAGAGCGCAGGCGGGGUGUGUUUGAGCGCAUGCAGCGCACGCUGCUGCAUCUUGUGAAGAUGCGUUACCGCCUGCAUGCCGAGUCGUUUGACCUGCCCCUCAAGUACCUCUCUCAGGCGGGCAUGGUGGAGGAGAUGGAGAAGGUGUUUCGACUCAUGAGAGCCAUCGGCGCCGGUAUGGUGGAGGAGAUGGAGAAGGUGUUUCGGCUGAUGAGGGCGAUCGGCGUGCGCCCCACAACCACCACCUUCACGCUUCUCGCUGAUGCCUACAGCGCCGCCGGGCAGCCGAAACAAAUCCUGCGCCUGCUCAAGCAGAUGCAGUCCAUGCCCCUUGCUGCCCGAAAAGAAAACAACUCCACUCCCAACAGCGGCAGCAGCAGCAGCAGUAGCAAUGGUGGUGGUGAUUCUUCCAGUGCGCGCAGCAGGCUGCUUGCUGCAGCAGCGGUGGCGUUUGCCUCAGCAGUGGAGAUCAAAGAGAUGGAGUGGUGCCUGCUGCAGCUGCACCCUCUCAACACCACCCCUUCCUCCAGCCCCACUCCCUCCUCCACCUCCUCUCCUUCCUCCUCUCCCCCCUCCUCUCCCUCCUCCUCGUCCCGCUCCACCUCCUCAGCCUCAUCCUUCCCCUCUCACGCUCUGGCUGAGCCGGCGCGGCUGCAAGCAUGGGUGGGGGCGGGGGGCGGAGGCAUGGGGGUGGUGUCGGCAGCAGUGGAGGCAUACGCGCGGGCAGGCAUGCUCUCCCACAUGGAGGCUCUGUUCUUGGGGGCUCAGACCUUGGGGAUGGGUGCACGGGGGAUGGGGGUCGGUGCACGGGGAAUGGGAAUGGGUGUGAUGGGUGCACGGGGUAUGGGGGUGAGUGUGGCAGGAGAUGAGGGAGGUGUGGGAAGGAUGGGGGCACGUGGCAUGGCGGCAGGUGGCAUGGGGGCACGUGGCAUGGCGGCAGGUGGCAUGGGGGCACGUGGCACGGCGGCAGGUGGCAUGGGUGCGAGUGAUUCAGAUUGGGGGGGAGUUGCAGGGGAGGGCGUUGGUGGGAGGAUGGGGGAAGUGGGGGUGCGUGGUGGGGGGAUAGGGGCAAGAAGUUUAGGGGGAGGGACGAUGGGGGGAGAAACCAUGGGGGGAAGGAUGAUGGGCGGGGGGAUGAUGGUGGAGGGGCGAAUAUGGGGAGGGAGGGAGGGGAGGACAUGGGAGGGGAAUGGAGGGGGUUCAAGGGGGUGGGUUGACGAGCCUAUGGGGACAGGGAUGGCGGUACGUGGAGGGGUUGAGUACGGUGCCAAUGGUACCUAUGACUAUGGUGGUGAUGGGUAUGGUGGCAUGGCAAGUGGCCAUACAGAAGUCUUCUCUUUACCCUCCUCUCCCCCUCCUCAUCCCCAUUACCACCCCCGCGGCCGCCACCGGCUCGUUUUGUCCUUAUCUGCAUGCAACGCCAUGGCUCAAGCCUACGCUGCAGUGGCCUCUCCGGGCGGCGUGAGGCGAGUCAUGGCUUACAUGCUUCGGCACGGAGUGGCCCGCGACGAGACGACCAUUGCCGCCCUCCUCUCCGCUUGCGCAGCUGUUGCUGACAUGGCGGGCAUGGAGGCGGCUCUGCAGCGGGCAGUGCGACGGGGUAUGCUGGAAACGACUCCAUCUGGCGCCUACGUGUCGCCAAGUGGAGCAGUCCGGAGCCUGCCAGCUGGCGCUUACGUGGCAGCAGCGCAGGCGUUUGGAGCUGUAGGGAAGGUGGGAAGGAUGAGGGAGAUGCUGGGAAUCGCGCGGCAAGUGGGGCAGGUGGGGCAGGCGGGAGUUGUGCAAACCGCAGAGGAGGUGGAGAGGGAGUGCUAUUUGACUGCCAUCGAUGCUUUUCUUACCUCUGCUGAUAAUGAUGACGAUGCUGGUCAUAGCCGCAGUGGUGGUUUGGCUGACACUUUGAGAAAGAGAGAGGGUGAAGGGGGAGCAGCUGGCAACAGAUGGUCCGAAGCUGACUCACCAGCAGCAGCUUCGGCGAUAGGUUCGGCAGCCGGGGCGCCCGAGGAGCCACCAGCUUUGGAGAGAGCGGAGGCGCUAUUGGAGGAGAUGCAUGGGCGGGGGAUGUGUGCUGACGUGGCGACGUACAGUGCUGUGCUGGCAGCGAGGGGGCACGGGGCGGUGGUGGAGGGGGCAGCAGAGGAGGUGCUUGAGGUGGAGGCGUGGGGGAUGAGUGAAGGGGCCGCUGCUCGCUUCCGCCCUCUCGUUCGCUUCCUGGGCCUGUCGCUGGUAGAGGGUGGGAUGACACGGGACUUGACGCUGGAUGGAGGCUUGGAGUGCAGAGGAGUAACUUUUGAGCUGACUCAAAAGUCGCUGGAGGGAGGCUUGGAGAGCAGAGGAGUGGGGCAGCAAGAGGUGGUUGGGAGAUUUGGCUCGCAGGGCAGUGGAGAGGAGCGGCGGCAACAGCUGACAGGAUUUGAUGCUUCAUCAGCACAGGAGAAGGCUCUGUUCCAUGACUUAAGGAAGCUUCUUCGAAGCGUCCAAGGCAGUGCCCACCCUGCUUCCCUGCGCCCUCUGUUUGCCUCUCUUGCCGCAGCUCUCUGCAGGUUUGGCAGGCUUCGCCGAGCCUGUUUGGUCCUGGAAGAGGCUCGGAGAUUUGGAGCAUAUCCAACACCGCCAAGCCUACCUGUGCCGAGCCUGGCUGGCCCGGUUUGGUCGCUGGACCUGCACUUGUACCGAGGUCCGGUGGCAGUGCUUGCACUGGCAGUGUGGCUGGAGGAGCUCUGCUGGAAGAUUUCCAAAGCUGAAAAGGAGGCUCGGGAUGGUUUAGUGGAAGGCUCGGGAGGAGAGAGACUCGGAAGGCAAGUAUUGAAAGGAGAUAUUGAAGGGGAUUAUGAGCUACAGUGGCCUGCACGAGCUGUGAUUAUAUUGGAGGCCAGUGGGCAUGAGUUGCUGGAGCCAUCACAAGGGCGGAGAGCUGUGAGAGACUUCAUGGCUUGUAGUGAGUUGCCUUUUAAAGCGCUCAGUAGUGAUCCGUAUGGGCGCAUGGAUGCAGAGGUGGAUGGGUUGAGGGAAUGGGUGGAUGGGAAGUGGCCGAUAGCAAGUGAUGCAGGGAAAACAGCAGGGAGCGAUGCCUUAAAGCAUUUCAGGCCUGGUCUGUGGCAAGACGUGAGAAACUUUCUGCUGGUUUAUUUUGAACAAUGA